CUUUGUAGUUUCCUCUGGUAUUCAAAAAAGAAACCGACAAAAGAGCGAAGAGAGAGUAAAACGUCGAAGGUCGAAGCUGAGGGCCAUGGCUCGUGGGCAGCAGAAGAUUCAGUCCCAGCAAAAGAACGCCAAGAAGGCAGCAGAGAAGAAGAAAUCUCAGGGCGCCGACCAGAAGACCGCCGCUAAGGCUGCUCUGGUCCACACAUGCCCUGUCUGCCGGACUCAGAUGCCUGACCCCAAGACUUUCAAGCAGCACUUUGAGAGCAAACAUCCCAAGUCCCCCAUGCCUCCUGAGCUGGCAGAUGUUCAGGCAUAAAGGACUGCCGACUGGACUGAACCUGGAUACACAAUGACCAUGGACUAAACGUUGAAUUGCGGCGCCUGAAGGAUGUUGAUGACGAACACUGGGACCCGUCAGUAUUCAUGGACAGCGGGUUGGGAUGGAAGGAGGGGGUGAAUGUGUGUAUGUGCUGUGUACAUAAUGUGUGUGUUUGUGUAAGAGAAAACUAAUGAUGGGGCAGUAGUACACCAGCAGCCCUUUUUUUAUAUUUAUUAUGUACAACUACCUUGCUAUUCCAGAUUUGGGGUUGGGGUUCCCAGAAAGCAGAACCAGCAAGUUUGCCUGCUAACACUGAAUAAAAUUAACUUGUGACUAAUGAUGGGGAGGGUUGACAAGACUGAAAAAGCUACAAUGAGAUGUUAAAACAAUAGUUUUGAAUGUGUGGCUAGCUAAAAGCUGGUUGUACUAAACACUGUGUCGUCCAGAGGAAUAGAUAGAUGGCACAUUCAAAGCCCCCACUAUAGAUUCAUCACUCAUCCACAGUAGACGUGGCACUGCUGUCAGGUUAAAACCUGUGAACUCCAGUCAUUUUAAUUUGGAGUUUUCAUGAACAUUGGCCUCUUAAAAUGACAAAAAUCUCAUUGUGUGACUGCAGGAUUGAACGUUGUUGGUGUUGAAAUGCAGGAUAUUAGUUCAAGCCAUUUUUGGAGAUUCAUGGUUAUUGUCCGAUGAUAGCAACGGACUCUACAGCUUUGCCUCCUCUGUGCUGCUGCUCCACAGGUGUCCUCACUCAGUAACACCUUACAACAGUACCUCACGUUAGACCACACAGCAACUCUCAUAGUAUGUUGUUUUUUUUUUUCUUUCCCCGAAAAAAUUCUUCUUCUACUACUCAUUUUACCGUCGUCCUCCUCGGGCACCUUUCCCUAAAUAAUCUUGGCAAUAAUGUCUUUGUCCCACUUAAGUUAAACCAGGACAAGAUUUGUUUUGAAAACCAAGCGCUAACUUUGUUCUCACACCCCUCUAACAUACACAGUUCUGUGCUCAUCGAUGCUUUCAGCUAUAGUUUUUAAAGAAAAUCAUAAGUCGCCCCCAAGGACUGAAAAUUAGAUUUAAUCCAGUACCUGCCAAAAAUAUUUCUUCACUGUUCUUUUUGGUUCAUAUGUUCACUAGUAGGCAAAAAUUUCAUGAAUUUACUCACUGUAUUUUUUUUUUUUUUUUUUACCCUUUUCAAUAAACUGAACAAUGUAUUUAAUGUGA